GACUAACCUUCUCUUUUAUGAACAGUAGUGUAGUGUUUUGUUCAACGUUGUACUUGUUGUAAUACUGGUCUGCUUGUUUUGGUUCGUGGCGACUUGCACAGUCUAUUUAAAUUUUUUUUUGGCAAUUGGAAUAAAAUGAUAAAAGCAAUUCUAGUUUUCAACAAUCACGGUAAACCUCGGUUGACCAAGUUCUACCAGUUUUUCACCGAAGAUAUGCAGCAGCAGAUUAUCAAAGAGACAUUCCAUUUGGUAUCGAAGAGGGAUGAUAACGUGUGCAAUUUUCUUGAAGGAGGAAGCCUGAUUGGAGGUUCUGAUUAUAAGUUGAUAUAUCGACAUUAUGCGACGUUAUACUUUGUGUUCUGUGUGGAUUCUUCAGAGUCGGAGCUUGGGAUUCUCGACUUGAUACAAGUCUUCGUCGAGACGUUAGACAAAUGUUUUGAGAAUGUCUGUGAGCUUGAUCUCAUUUUCCAUGUAGACAAGGUUCAUUACAUACUGAACGAAUUAGUGAUGGGAGGAAUGGUUUUGGAAACAAACAUGUCUGAAAUUUUGGCUAGGAUAUCUGAGCAAAAUAAAUUAGAAAAACAAGAAACCGGCCUAGCAGCAGCACGAGCUGUGAGCGCUGUCAAGAACAUGAACAUACCAGCACAGCUUAAAGAGAUGAAACUUCCUGAUCUGCCGCAGGCGAUAAAGGAUCUUAAGUUCUGACCACGAGGCUCAAUUGGGAGGUCAGACGAAUCACUUUCCAUUCUCAACUCUAACCAGGGUAACAAAGAUUAUGAGCCGAUGUGACACAAUAAUAAAUCAUAAAUCGUAUAUGAUUGUGUAUUGUGGCCAAGAUCAACUCAACAUUCCAACUAAAUACUGAUGUUCGAUCAGAAAGGACAUUUUUCACCUGCAGGGAAUUGUGUGCAUAUAUAUUUAUAAUAUUUUAAUAAUAAUUUAAACAAAUAUAAAUAAAAUUUAUUAAUAAAUCUUUUUUU